AUGAAACAGCCCGCUUCUGACGAACCGAAUAUGACCAAAUCUCUCCGAGAUCUAUUCUCCGACAGUGAAGAAGAAUUCGCCCAGCUGGUUUCACCGAAAGCGACCGAAGUUCGAAGGCUGGAGAAGCCCCGAUAUGUGACUCAUGCCGAACGUAAAGUGCUCAGCCUGUACAACCCGCCUUCCGAAUGUCACUCCCCUUCAUCCAACAAAAAAGCUGAAGCAGCUGCUGCAAAGCAACGUCAGUCAGUGUUUUGUCAGACAUCACCGGAAUUUUUAAUGCUUGCGAAAGCAGAAGCCCUCGGUCGAAAAGUCCCUGAAUUGGCUAAUCAUCAUGUAUAUUCCAAAUACUCAUAG